AAAAUAAAAAAAUUCCAACUCGAUUAUUAUGGUCGUCUCGUCCUGACCGCUAUUUCAAUUUUAUUGCUAUUGUGCCCAAAAAAAUGCAACUCUACUAAGUUGCAUUUCAACACUUUUCAACACUGUUUAACAUUCUGACAGCAGAGAGCAGUGACAGCAAAGGCAGCGCCAGCAGCAACCAUCAGUUUUCAACUGACAAUUUAUUCGUGUUGCAUUGCAGUGGUAAAAGUGAUAAAACGUUGUGGAAAAAUAUGCAAAUUAUAAUUGCAUCCAGGGAAAUUUUCAUACAAUUUAUCAAAAAUAUAUCAAAUUCAAAUGAUAUUGAUUUGUUGAAAUUGUGAUAGCGUAACGAAAUCGUUUUUACACAUCGGUAGAUGAAGCUGUUCUGAACAGCUGUCUGUUUAAGAAAAGAAGAUUUGCGGUCGCGUUGGUGUUGAAAUUGCUCACUGCAUGCCAUUAAGUAGAAUAAAGGUUGUGUGUUUGUGUUUAUUUUUGGAUAAAUUUAAUACAUUUGUGCUGGUCGUACUAGUUAAUAAUAAAUAAAACGGGAUUCGAAUUAGCGGACGUAAAGAAAAAUAUAAUAGUUAAACCGUAAAUAAGAUUGCCGGUGGACUGAAAGCUUGAUUCUAAUACGUUUGUAAGCAAUCACCUGCAACCUUUAGAAAAAAAGAAAGAAAAAAAAAGAAAAAAACAAGCACUAUCACCGAUAUUUGGGGCAAAGAAUAGUUUAAUUAACUUAAGACCUCGGUAUUAACGGCAUCGCAUUGGAUAACUUUUAUUUGAGAAUGGAUCCUUCGCGCGGUGACUCGCGCUAUAAUCUCAACUACUCGAUGAGUAGUAUUGGGCUUACAUUGGCCGACCAAGCCGACAUGUACGGUAAUCCGCCUGCCGUGGCGGUGCUUAGUGGGCGGCCGCCAAGUGCUGGCCUUCUACAGAGUAUGAGUGGCGGCGCGAGUGGCGUAGGUCUAGGUUCUCGUACCGCGGGUGGCCUUAUGUCGGGCUCUCCGCAAUGCCAGUCUUUAACAAAUAGUGGCGGCAGUCAUGGCCAGCAUGGCCAGCAGCGUGGCAUGAAACGUGCCGGCUCCGAUUGUUACGACGAUCAUCAUCGUUCAGCUGGCGCGGGUAUGAGCUCAUUGCAAGCGCUUGAAAAUUGUGGCGCCAGUGGACAACAUAGUGCCCAGCAACAGCAACAACAACAACAGCAAUCACAACAACAAUCAACUGGUGGCACUGGUGUCUCGGAUGUGAUCGAUGACAGCUACAAUUCAUUGCAAAAUAAAAAAUCACCGCCAGCCAAUGGCAAAAAGACCAAAGGCCGUGUCAAGAUCAAAAUGGAAUACAUCGACAAUAAACUACGCCGUUACACAACAUUUUCAAAGCGGAAAACGGGCAUAAUGAAAAAGGCAUAUGAACUGUCCACCUUGACGGGAACCCAAGUAAUGCUGUUAGUUGCCUCGGAAACAGGACAUGUUUAUACGUUUGCGACGCGUAAACUUCAACCUAUGAUUACAUCAGAAGCUGGUAAGCAGCUCAUUCAAACGUGUCUGAAUUCACCAGAUCCGCCCAGCGUCGGUGGCGGCGAUCAGCGUAUGUCUGCGACUGGAUUCGAAGAAACCGAACUCAGUUACAACAUUGCCGAUGAGGAUUCAAAAGUAAGACAAUUAAUUUAUGGUCAUCAUGGUCACGCUCAUCUCGGUCAUCCGCAAGCCCCUGCCUCGCAUUACGGUCUAGAUCAAAGUAUAAUGCAAUCGCCAUAUAGCGGCGGUCAACCGUCACCAUUAUCCCAUUCGCAGGCGUAUGCAGCACAUGGGCAUCCUCAUCAUUCCCAUGUGCCGCAUGUACCUCAUUCCACACACUCUCAUAUGUCCCAUACGCAUACGCAGCGGUAAGAUACAUGCAUAAAUACACAUAGAUACAUAAAUACAUACGCAUACAUAUGCACACAUACAUGCACAUGCACGCAAUAGAAAAUGUAGGCUACACCAAACUUAGGAUAAUUACGCCAGUUAGUUCAUCAACACAAGUACAUGGAAGAGCGAAUAAAACAGACAUUCCGUUCGCGCCAAUCAAGUCACUUAAUCGCAAUGACUCUGUCCUCGAAUAACUUCCAUUGAAAUGUAGUACAUUGUAGAUAUGAAAAUACGUGUAACGAUACGAUCGAUGAUCUCGGUAACAAACGCAUGUCGUCACGUCGUUUUUGUUUUUUUCUCGCAUAAAACAGAGAACAAACAAUUAGCAAACAUUUAAUUUUAUUUUUUGUUUUGUUUUAUUUGAUUAUAAAGAAAGAAAAACAACAUACAAACGUAAACACAUAGUUAGUUUUAUAUCAACCAUAGAAAAUAAUACAAUGUUACAAGCUGAACUAGUCAUUUUUUUUUU